ACGCGCACCGCUGCUAACCGUCGUAAAAUGAGGCGACACUAGAACGACUAACCCUCGGCUGCCAAACAAGCGUGGCUCUGUAACCUAAAAUAUAUUAAUAGUUUUAUAUGUUGCUUGUUUUACUGUUAGCGAAGUGAGAUUACAAAAGAGCGUCGACACAUUUACAUAAAGCGUUGUCAAGAACCCGUGAGAAUGUUUAAGAAAUUUGAUGAGAAGGAAAAUGUGUCCAACUGUAUCCAGCUGAAAACAUCUGUGAUCAAAGGCAUUAAAAAUCAACUGUUGGAUCAGUUUCCUGACAUUGAGCCAUGGCUCAAUCAAAUCAUGCCAAAAAAGGACCCUGUCAAAAUAGUCAGAUGGUACGCUCUGUUUCCACUUUCCAGAGUUUCCAUUUUAAGGGUUUGCUUUUUAUUUAAUUGUAUUGUCUGGUUUUCAUUUAGCCACGAACACAUUGAAAUCCUAACUGUGAAUGGAGAGCUGCUGUUCUUCAGACAAAGAGAAGGACCGUUCUACCCGACUCUCAGACUACUGCAUAAAUAUCCUUUCAUCCUCCCUCACCAGCAAGUGGACAAAGGUGCCAUCAAAUUUGUCUUAAGUGGUGCAAAUAUUAUGUGUCCCGGGUUGACGUCACCGGGUGCUAAACUCUACCCUGCUGGUUCUGACACUGUAGUUGCCAUUAUGGCAGAGGGAAAGCAGCAUGCACUUUGUGUUGGUGUGAUGAAGAUGUCAGCAGAAGACAUAGAGAAAGUCAACAAAGGAAUUGGAAUAGAGAACGUGCACUAUCUAAAUGACGGCUUGUGGCACAUGAAGACUUAUAAGUGAUGCAGCAUCUCAUCCAGACCUCCAAAACAUGUAAAGCUCUGCACAUUGAAACAUGGGCUGUUCACACUUGGAUAUAACCAUGUAACCCUCUGGAGGCUUUAAAUCAGCCGUCACAAUUCACAAACACAAUAAAAGAUCUUCAAUUUCAA